GCCGCGCUGUGUUCUUAGUGAGAGUGCCGCACGACCAGCACGAUCCGCGGCUGCACCCCGUCUAUGACCCUUGCAUGCUCGUCGGUCAGCGGGCGGGCAGCAUGGCGGAGUCUUCCUUCUGCCUGACCCCCGUCUGGGACUGGGAACUUACCUGGUAUUCGGCUUACCCUCGCUUCACCAACUGCUUCGAGUCGACCGUGCUUGCCUACCUGCCGGGAAGCGUCCUGCUUCUCUUCGGUUUCCUGCCAUGGAUCCUGUGCGACACCGGGAACAAGGGGUGUCCCGUGAUGAGGACCAGACCACUAUGCUUCACUCCGCUCAGUGUCCUGCGCCUCCUGUUCAGCCUGACCCUCGCCCUGGCGUACGGUUUCUCAUUCACCUGUAAGCUCAGCAUGGAGGUGCCAUACUCGUCUUGGGCUUCGCUGACUGCCGACAUGGUUCGCUGCGUCACGUUCGCGAUCACGAUAAUCAUGCAAGAGCACAACCGGCGGCAAGGCGCCGGUUCUUCGAACCUGAUGAUGUUCUUCUGGUUCGUGGCGGCCGUCACUCAACUCCCGGAGUACUUCCACUACCUCGAAGACGUGUUCCGAGACGACGUUGACGUGCCGGAUGUGUUCCCCAUUGAAUUCGCUGUCAGCAUGAUUUCCUAUCCGAUGGUGGUGGUUCAAUUUGUACUGUCCUGCAUCACCGACCUUCGUCCUGACACCAAAAGACCAUACGUUACCGCCGGGCCACUUUCGUCUCUGAUGUUCAUAUGGAUGACGCCACUGAUCGUGAAAGGUUUCAGGCGGAGCCUGGAACUCAUCGACCUGUUCAAAGCGAGGCCGGAGUUAGUGACGCGUGUGAAGCAUGAUGAGUGGAGUGUUUACUGGAACAAGGAGCUGGACUCUGCUGGUUACAAGCACCAAGAUGGUUCCUGCGAAUGUGUGAAGCCAACUCCGUCGCUCUUCAGAACAAUGAGAAAGGCCUUCUGGAAACCGGUUCUGCUUGGUUGCAUCCUCGGUUGUAUCCGAACAAUAGUGAGAACAGCACCUGCAUUGUUGCUCCACCUUAUCACGGGUUACAUGGCUAGCGACGAGCCCACAUGGAAGGGUGUCAUGUAUGCGUUUGGAAUAGUGGGCGCUAACUUCAUAACGGCGAUGUUUGUGCGCCAUAUUGACUGUACACUUUCGCUUACUGGCCUCGGCAUGAAAGCGGCCAUUAUUGGUGCAAUAUACCGGAAAGCGUUAAAGAUUUCGAGCGAAGGACAGCAAGAUUACACGGUCGGUGAGAUGGUGAACUUGGUUUCUGUAGACGCUGACCGCGUAUUUAGACUGGCAGCAUCUUUCGGUUUUAUUUCCUCUGCACCAUUGCUUAUAAUUAUCUCAAUAGUGCUUUUAUGGCAGUAUCUGGGCGUCGCCUGUUUGGCUGGUAUUGGUGUUAUGAUCGUUAUUAUGCCACUCGUACUCAUCGUCAUGAGCCUCGGUCAGAAGUACCAGGCAGCGCAGAUGAAGCUAAAGGACCGAAGAAUAAAGAGUAUGUCGGAAAUAUUAAAUAGCAUCAAGAUCCUGAAGUUGUUCGCUUGGGAAAACCCAUUUACGGAAAAAAUUGAAACGUUGCGCUCGCAAGAAGUUACUUUGCUCAAAAAGUACUCGUACCUUACCGCCUUCAGCUGCUUCUGCAUGACUUGUUCCUCGGUGCUGGUGGCUUUCUCAAGUUUUGUCACCUACGUGCUGAUCAGCGACAGGAACGCUUUGAACCCGACCAUAACGUUUGUUUCCUUGACGCUCUUCAAUCAGAUGCGAUACUCCAUGUUCCUGAUUCCGGACUUCAUCUCGAACGCAAUACAAACCAAUGUGGCUUUCGGCAGAAUAAGGAAGUUCCUGAUGUCAUCUGAAAUAGAUCGGUGCGCAGUGUCGCGAAGGCCGGCAGAUGGCGAAGACGUCACAAUAAAAGGCGCGACACUGUCCUGGUCGUGGGACAAAGAAUGCGUUUUGCACGACAUCGACUUAUCUGUGAAAACUGGUGAGCUGGUUGCGAUUGUUGGCCCCGUCGGGAGUGGAAAGUCUUCACUACUCUCAGCUCUGCUCGGUGAUCUUAGGAUUCGGUCCGGAUCAGUGGACUGCAUUGAAGACGUUGCUUAUGUUCCCCAAUGUCCCUGGAUUCAAAACAAAACAGUGAGAGACAACAUCCUGUUUACGAAGGGCUUCGAUGGGAAACUGUACGACAAAGUUCUACGAGCAUGCUGCCUUGAAAAAGACCUGGAAAUAUUGCCUGGUGGUGACUUGACUGAGAUAGGCGAGAAGGGCAUCAAUCUUAGCGGCGGUCAAAAGCAAAGAGUAAGCUUGGCACGAGCCGCUUAUCAGCGCAAAGGCCUGUAUCUUUUCGAUGAUCCUUUGAGUGCAGUUGAUGCCCAUGUUGGUGUGGCUAUCUUCAAGGACCUGAUUGGUCCACGAGGCCUUCUCAAAGGCGUGACGAGAGUUCUGGUUACUCAUAAUCUUUCAGUGUUGCCGGACGUCGAUCGCAUUGUUGUUAUGAGAGGAGGGUCCAUUGUGGAGAGUGGCACCUACCAAGAGCUUAAGGAAGAAGGUAGCGUUCUGUCAGAACUCCUCAAUGAAUUCGUCAGGAAGAAGAAGCGGAAGCAGUCAGAGCAGGGGGAGGAUUCUGGCACGGAAACAGACUGCCAUGUCGGAAGGCAAACCAGAGAAGGAGGAGAUGAAUAUCGUUCAGAAAGAGAUAGUCGAGGAGGGUUCGAUCAGGCUUCAUUGGCGUGGCCCUGCUAUGGAGGGUCGCUCUUUCGGCCUCAACAAGGUUGCACUGGUUUGAUGCUCUCCGGCGUCAUGAGAGCUCCACUAUCUUUCUUUGAGGCAACUCCUUCUGGCCGCAUAUUGAACAGGUUCGGCAAAGAUGUCGACCAGCUCGACGUCCAACUUCCCAUGGUGGGCAACUUCUUCCUGGAGUUUCUCAUUCAAAUUAUCGGCAUGAUAGUGCUAAUUUCUGUAAACCUUCCGAUAUUCAUUCUCAUCGCCAUUCCGGUCGUCGUGUCAUUCGUUAUUCUGCGACAAGUGUACGUCAAGUCUUUGCGUCAGGUCAAAAGACUCGAGUCAGUGACCCGAUCGCCUGUCAACAACCAUCUUGCCGAGACCGUGACGGGCCUAUCGAGCGUGCGGAGUUAUGGCGUCCAGCGAAUAUUCGUCGAGGACAAUGACCUACAAAGUCGACGUCACACAAAACUGCACAGUCAACAGUCUGCACUGCAACUACUGGAUGCAGAUACGCCUCGAAAUAAUCGGCGACAUCCUGCUCAUCACAAUGCUUUUGCUUCUAGUCACCAACAGAAACAACAUCGAUGCCGGAAUGGCUGGCUCAUGGUAUCUUACUCGCUUAACACCAUCGCACCGUUCAACUACCUCAUUUAUUUCUCCACGGAACUUGAAGCGAAUCUUGUUUCUGCCGAGCGCCUGGACGAGUAUAGGAGACUCACCCCGGAAGCACCUUGGAGUCUUGGCUGGAGUCCCGACCCGGCGUGGCCCCGAGAGGGUGCCGUGUGCUUCAGGUCUUAUUCAACUCGCUACCGAGAUGGCUUGGAUCUAGCGUUGAAUAAUAUUAAUCUCGACAUAAGGGCGGGCGAAAAGAUUGGAGUCGUUGGCCGGACAGGUGCCGGCAAGUCAACCAUGACUCUCAGUCUCUUCCGCAUUGUGGAAAGGUGUGAGGGCCAAAUCGUGGUGGACGGCAUCGACAUUUCGACGAUAGGUUUGCACGAUCUGCGCUCCCGGAUCACAAUCAUUCCGCAGGACCCAGUGCUGUUCCACGGGACGCUGCGUUACAACCUCGACCCCACCGGGAACCACGGCAGUGAAGAACUCUGGGCUGCUCUGGAAAGAGCGCACCUCAAGGACGCCUUUGAAGAAGUUGGCCUCGACUUCGAGGUCACUGAGGGUGGACUGAAUCUGAGUGUGGGACAGAGGCAGCUGGUGUGCCUGGCUCGCGCCGUUCUCAGGAAGACAAAGAUUCUGGUUCUGGACGAAGCCACAGCGUCAGUGGACAUGGAGACCGACCUGCUUGUGCAGCAGACCCUGAGGGAGCAUAUGGUGGACUGCACCGUCAUCACUAUUGCGCACAGGCUGCACACAGUACUUCACUCGGACCGGGUUGUGGUCAUGGAGCAGGGCCGCAUCAUUGAAGUGGGCGAGCCGGCAGUGUUGCUUGCUGAUGGUCACACGUCGUUCCACUCGAUGGCUCACGAGGCUGGUCUUGUGUCGGAUGGAAGAUCUGCCAGUGAACCCGAAACCUGACCUUGCGUUUGUAGCGACCGCGGAGGUGAAUCACGUUAAGUGGUGGUGUGCUUCCAACUCAUGAAUAUUUAUGGCGAUCAUCGCAUAGCUGUCAGCAGUGGGAUUGAACGACGACUAAUCUGUUAUUAUUUAUGCUUUGUCUCCCAGCUGACGUGAUGACUGUGGUGACUAUGAAAGACUUGUAUGACUACCUGUCUGUGUCGUGGCGUGCACAUUUAAAUUUGGUGUUACAGUUUGGCCGAAACACACGUGCCUUGGCUCAAUGACUUCCAAAGCAUUGCAUAAAAUUUAACCAUAACCAAUA